AUGAAGCACCCACCGGGGGAGAUCAGCUAUCACAGCCUCUCCGCGUGGUUCAACAAGGAGAUGGCGAACUACGUCAAGGCCUUGUUGACGGAGCGCGACGUGAGGCGGUGGCUGGUGUCGGAUGACAAGGUUCCCCAUGUGAUCUUCUUCUCAGACAAGAAGGCCACGCCCACGCUGCUGAAGACGCUCUCCAUCGAGUUCAAGGGCCGAGCGGCCUUGGGCGCAGUACUCGCAGGCAGCGAGGACCUGGCACGGAAGAUGGGGGUCAAGACACGGCCCGCUGUGGUCUACGUCCAGGACGAGGCGACCUUGACGGGGGACACCUUCGACCGCGACCUGAAGAAGGAGCCGCUGAGCCGAUUCUUGUCGCGCUGCGUGGGGCGACACCGCAGCGAGGCGCAGGCCUCGCUCAAGGAGCUAACGUCCGCACGGUCGGCGGCUGGGGACUGCGGGCCGAGCGAUGGCCAUUUCUGCCUGCUGCUGCUGGGAGCUGCAGAGGCAGCCACGGCGGCUUUGAGGUCCUUAGCGCCGAAGCUGUGGAAGGACAAAGUGAAGGUCUUCUACGUGAAGGACGCGGACUUUGCGACCGCCUUCGACGCCUCCCCGGACUCUGUGGUGCUCUACCGGCCAAAGCGCAAGAGGUUCAAGCUCUUCUCCGGUGACACCGGCAAUGUGGACGAGUUGGCUUCCUGGGUGGAUGCCGCCGUAGGCGAGAUCGAGAUGGCCCCGGUGAUACGAGCUCCAAGUGGCAAGGAGAAUCGAGUGGAGCCCAGGGCAAAGGUCACGGCGGUGAAGGAGGUCCGACGCGAGGGUCUCACCGAGCGGCGCGGAGCGCUCACCGAGCGCAACCGAGGCCCGGCCACAGAGAAGCCGGAAGCCAAGUCCCCACGCGUGAGGACCCCUCAAAGCCGCGUUGCUGCCACAGGCGCCGGCACGACCACCCCGCGAUCUGGGCGAGGUCGGGAUGCCUGGCAAGAGGUGCGGGCUGCCGAGCAAGAGGCGGAGAAACUGGAGGCGGAGCUGGGGUCGCUGCAAGCGGAGUGCGAGCUGCUGACGCAGGAGGUGGCCACAGCGGAGGCUCAGGAAGCAGAGGCUGAGCAGCAGCUGACCAGCCAGUCAGCUGCCAUGCUCUCCGAGUGA